ACAGGGUGGAUGCUUGAGAGUGGAGGAUAAGGUACAAGUGUCUGGGACCGGUGGAAUUGGAGGCCUGAUGUAGAUGGAAAGAUGGAUGAAGAAGCAGCUCUGAACUCUAUUAUGAAGGAUUUGGCAGCGUUGGGCAAAUGUGGGGGGCUGCUGGACAACAACAGGAAUAAAAACAGUGUCCACUCCAGCAAACAGCAGCGAAAUGUCAGGAUCAAGUUUGAGUAUGAAGGAGAGAAAAGGAUUAUCCAGUUUCCAAGACCAGUCAGAUUCAAAGAAGUGGUGCAGAAGGUCACGGAUGCUUUUGGACAGACGAUGGACUUAGUCUGCGUGAACAAUGAGCUCCUGAUCCCGCUGAAAUCCCAGGAAGAUUUGGACAAAGCGGUGGAACAGUUGGAGCUGAGCCCUUCCCUGAAGAGCCUGCGGAUCCUUGUGAGCGCUCCAAAGAAAGCGAAUCUCCUCCAGCCAAACAACAGUAAACAGCACGAAAUGAGGAUCUCCAGAUCCAUGGGGGAUAUCAUGGGAUCCCUGUACAAGGACUCCGAGAGGACGCGGAAGUAUUCAACAGGGUCCCUGCACACCGGCCGGAGCUCUCCGCCCCCGGGGAGCGUUCCUGAGGAGCAGCAGCAGAUUGCUCGCCAGGGAUCCUACACCAGCAUCAACAGCGAGGGCGAGUUCAUCCCCGAGACCAUGGAUCAGAAUAUGCUUGAAGUUUUCAUCAGCCCCGACGGGUCGCUGUCUGGGAGCUGCCAGUCUCUGGACAGAUCUGUGGACAGCCCUCCCUUUACCCAAACCUCUGUUCCUGGAAGGAAGAGCCAUCCCAAAGACAGUCUUGAUUGCAUGGAUUUCGACGUUCCCUUCUGCGAGAGGUUUGGGAAAGGUGGGACCUUCCCGAGGCAGUACCACCUCUCUCAGAGCCGCAAGGACUACAGUGAUGGUCGGAGGACUUUUCCCAGGAGUUGCUUCCCGCAGGAGAAGCUGUUUCAGCUUGUCCCUUCCAGCCGAACCAAGAGCUUUAACGGGGACAGCAAGCUCAGCACCUUGCAGUAUGAUGAGUACAGGCCCAAACGGAGGAACAAUUGUGAAAAAAGUCUGCAGGUCUGCAGCACCUCCCCUACGAAAGCUCGGAACUCCCUGCAGGCACCUGUGAACUGGAGGCUGGGGAAGCUGCUCGGAAGAGGAGCUUUUGGGGAAGUUUACCUCUGCUACGACGCUGACACUGGCCGGGAGCUGGCGGUGAAGCAGGUGCCUUUUGACCCUGACAGUCAAGAGACGAGUAAAGAGGUGAAUGCCUUAGAAUGUGAGAUUCAGCUGUUGAAGACCCUCCAUCAUGACAGGAUAGUGCAGUACUACGGGUGUUUGCGGGAUAUUCAGCAGAAGAAACUGUCUAUCUUUGUUGAAUACAUGCCAGGGGGCUCAAUAAAGGACCAGCUAAAAGCUUACGGUGCUCUGACCGAGAACGUCACACGGAAGUACACCAGGCAGAUCCUGCAGGGAGUCUUCUACUUACACAGCAAUAUGAUUGUCCACAGGGACAUUAAAGGUGCCAAUAUUUUGAGAGAUUCUGCUGGAAAUGUGAAACUUGGAGAUUUUGGGGCCAGCAAACGCAUCCAGACCAUCUGCAGGUCUGGGACUAGGAUGAAAUCUGUCACGGGAACGCCAUACUGGAUGAGCCCAGAGGUUAUCAGUGGAGAAGGCUACGGAAGGAAAGCUGACGUGUGGAGCGUGGCCUGCACUGUGGUGGAGAUGUUAACGGAGAAGCCGCCGUGGGCAGAGUUCGAAGCCAUGGCAGCUAUUUUUAAAAUCGCCACCCAGCCCACCAAACCCCAGCUCCCCGACGGCGUCUCCAACUCCUGCCGCAACUUCCUCAAGCAGAUCUUCGUGGAGGAGAAGCGGAGGCCGACGGCCGAGGACCUGCUGAGACACCCCUUCGUCAACUGAGGGCUCUGAGCCCCCGGCAGCGGGAUGGGGAAACGCCAGCGGGAGGGGGGGUGGCCACCAGACCCCCGGCCUUUUGGGCUCUGGGGUUGAGACCUCCGUCCCAGGCCAUCCUGGUGGUGGCCCGUCUGGGUCCCUUCUUGCUCAGCACCCGCCGCCUCGUUGGAUUUCCAAGCUGCGCUCUGGAUCUUCAGCACUGGGAAUUCGGAGCGAGGGAUAUCCCAGACUGGGCAGGUGCUGGCCUUGGACCAAGUAACCUUCUUGCCACCAGCGAUGUCGGGGUUGUCCCCCCCCACCUCACCAUGUUACUUAUCUCUUGGGGAAAGUGCGGCGAAUGUGGUCUGUCCCCCGCCCCAGCGUGACAGCGGCGCUGGCAGCAUCCCCGGGAGCAGCGGAGGAAGGAGAUGCUCGGUGGCCAUCACCACCCUUUGGCAGGGGAACAGACACAGGCUUCAGCCCGGCCGGAGGGAGAUGAUCCUCAGACCGUAGAGUCAGGGGGGACCCGGGUGUCCCUGUUCCCGGGGGGACCAAACCCUCCUGGAGGCCGCGGGACCGGCCGGUGUCUCCAGGGGGGCGGCGUGUAAUUAUGUUCUGUGCCUUAAAGCGGUUCCAUGGAGGAGUGAUGCUCAGCUGGGCACAAAGCACGGAGUGGGGCGCAGCCACCUUGGCUUUGCCUGUGUGUGUGUGUGUAUGUGUGUGAGUUGUGGAAGAAGAGGUCUUCUCGGGGCGCGGGAGGUCUCUGCGGGGUACGCGCACGGACGGAUGCCUGGGACCUCUGCCAUGGGGUUGAAUGUUGAAACGGUGUCGAUGCCAGUGGUGGACAGAACCCUAGGAACCACCAGGGUUCAGGUGGGAGCUGGAGAAAGAGGGUCUCGGUGAGGGUGGCUCUCGGCUCAUAGCCAUCGCCCUGCUGAGCCCUGCCCAUGUGGCUGCCCUGGGGCUGGAGGGGUGUGAUGUGUUUUGGAAGCAGGAGGAGCCUGGUGGGUCUUCAUAAAACCCAAGCAGGUGCCUACAAUUAGGCAGAGAGGACCUGCACCUGCAGAUGGAGUUGGGUGUCUUCUCCUCCAUGCCUUGUGGGACCAGCCAGCAGGUGCAGGGAUGGGGGAUGCCACCUCCCUGGAAGCUUCAGGACUGUGAACCCUCAGACCAGGAGAACCGAGCUGCCUCCCUCAAGGGUGGCUGGAAACAGGUUUCUUCUCACAGCAUGGUUGAAGUUGUAGAAGAAAACGGGCCAGUUGAAAGCAGAGUUGGGCUCCAGCCUCUUUGACCAGCUGAAAAACCUGGGCAUGGAGCAAGCAGAAUCUCUGGGAGCUAAUUAAUUAACCAGAUCUUGGUUAUUUGGGGCAAAUUCCUCACACCUACCCCUUCCUUGCUGCAUUAACCAUUUCCACCCAUCUCUGUGAAGGGUUAAACAGGCAGUUACUGGGGGACCUCCAGCUUUAGGCCAGUGGGUCAAACACAGCUUUAUUUUAAUAUUACUUUUCUAAAUUUGAAGUGGCAAAGUGUUGCUUGGGCUGAAGGGGAAAUUGAGAAAUUUGAUUGUGUGACUUCACACAUCCUUGAAGAGUUCUGUGUGGAAGAGGUGAAGAUGUCCUGGUGCGGCCACAGGAGCGUUUCCUUGGCCACAGCUCCUAAAAGAGAUGCAAAAAUUCGAGUUAUUUCAAUUUAAAGGAAACCAAGGACUGGUAGCCUUAGGGCGAAUUAAAAGAAAUAGCUAAAAGGGUUCCCUGAGGCCAGUUCCUCCCCAGGCUGGGCUGUGGGGUUUGUGACCAUGGUAGUGACAGGCAGCUCUGCUCUGGGGGGUGGAAAUUGUCCUCUUCCUCUGGGGGGAAAAUAAAGAAUUUUAUUGUGUGAAUAGGACCAAAUCCAUCCAUCUGUUCAAUAAUAUGGGAUGGGUGGAAAAAAAACAAACAAGAAAACAAAUAUAAUCUGUGUUGGCUGGGAAGGAUUUUGUCAGAAAAGUAUGUUUUCACCAAAAAAAAAAAAAAAACACAACAACAAACCCCAACCCCCUGUUUAUGCUGUUUUCUACUUUUUCAUUGAAUCUGUUCGGGUUGGAUUUUCUCUGCCCUUGGGGGGUGGGUGGGUGUUUUCCUUCUUCCCGAAGCCUUGAGGGCAAAACGGGGUUCCUGGCUGCCCCAAAAUGCUCACGGGGCCCUCAAACCAACCCAGAUCCUCCUGUGGAUGGAUGUGGGGUGUGUGUGUGUCUGUACACGUGUGUGUGUGUGUCUGUACACAUGUGUCUGUGUGUGCAACUCACUCCUCAGGUGCCUUUGCCUUUUUAUUUUUUAAAACCCAUGCAGUGUUCUGAUGUACAGAAUGGAACUAGGAAAAGAGAAUGUACUAUUAUGCCAUGUAAAGUUGUUUUUUUUGUUUAUUUUGAUUUUUGGUUGGUUUGUUUGUUUAUUUUAUUAUAUUUUGGCGACAGUGGG